UUAUUUCCAUUUUCGCGAUCGUGCUGGCAAAAUCUUUAAAAUGACUAAAACAAGAUUCAACACGUACGAUGUCGUGUGCUCCGUGACGGAGUUGCAGAAGUUGAUCGGUAUGCGAGUUAAUCAAAUCUACGACAUAGACAACAAGACCUACCUCAUCCGCCUGGCGCGCAAUGAAGAGAAGGUGGUGCUGUUGUUGGAGUCGGGUUUACGCUUUCAUACAACCAGCUUCGAGUGGCCAAAAAAUAUGGCACCGUCCGGUUUUACGAUGAAACUUCGCAAACAUCUUAAAAACAAACGACUCGAAAGCUUCCAGCAACUUGGUGUGGAUCGAAUUGUCGAUCUUCAGUUCGGUUCCGGCGAGGCUGCCUACCACAUCAUUCUAGAGCUAUACGAUCGCGGAAACAUUUUGCUUACCGAUUGCGAGCUGCGCAUACUAAACAUUUUGCGGCCACACGUAGAAGGAGAAGAGUUGCGGUUUGCCGUACGAGAGAAGUAUCCGAAAGAUAGGGCGAAGCAGGACACUGGACCACCAUCGGUGGAGCAGAUCAAGGAAGCGAUUCAGCGGGCGCGCCCUGGCGAUACGCUUCGAUCCGCUUUGAAUCCCGUGCUAGAGUACGGUGCAUCAGUGAUUGACCACGUACUGCACGAACACGGACUGUUCGGAUGCCGUAUCGGUGGCGAGCUACCACCCGAUGCAAACCUUCCAAAGAAGGCGAAAAAAAAGCAAAAGAACAUUUGCAAAGAGUUUUCGAAAGUUUUCGAUGUCCAGACGGACUUGGAUGCUUUGAUAAGCGCCAUCAAUGAUGCCGAAAGCAUGGUGCAGAACGCUAGAAAGGAACCGUCGCGUGGCUAUAUCAUACAGAAGAAAGAAGUGCGCCCUGCCAAGGAAGGAGAGAAGGAGGAAUAUUACUUUACCAAUCUUGAGUACCACCCCUACCCAUACAGCCAGAACCGUGGAGAACCGUGCAAGGAGUUCGACUCGUUCGCGACUGCCGUGGACGAAUUUUAUUCUUCCCUCGAAAGCCAAAAAAUUGACUUGAAGGCUUUCGCCCAGGAGCGAGAGGCCCUCAAGAAACUAUCCAACGUGAAGACGGACCACGCCAAGCGUAUCGAAGAGCUUUCAAAGGUUCAGUUGGGCGAUCGGAAAAAAGCGGAAUUGAUUACACGCAAUCAGGACUUAGUUGACAAGGCUCUGCUAGCCGUGCAGAGUGCGUUGGCGGCUCAAAUGUCCUGGACAGAUAUUCAGGAUCUGGUGAAGGCCGCUCAAGCCAACGGAGAUCCGGUAGCAUCGUGCAUCCGGCAGCUGAAGCUGGAGAUAAACCACAUUUCGCUGCUGUUGAGUGAUCCGUACGCAGUUCUCGACGAGAACGACAGCGAAAACGAGAGCGAUAGUGAGCGGGAGGACGACGAGCAAAAACUGGAACAGAUGGUGGUGGAUGUGGAUCUUGCUCUGAGCGCUUUCGCGAACGCUCGUCGGUAUUACGAUCAGCGCCGUUUUGCUGCCCGCAAGGAACAGAAAACGAUCGAGUCGAGCUCGAAAGCGUUGAAGAAUGCGGAACGCAAAACGAUACAAACUCUGAAGGAUGUCCGUACGCAAACAACCAUCUCCAAGGUGCGGAAGGUGUAUUGGUUCGAGAAGUUUUACUGGUUCGUUAGUUCCGAGAACUAUUUGAUUAUCGGUGGACGUGAUCAGCAGCAGAACGAGCUGAUCGUCAAGCGCUACAUGCGUCCGAAUGACAUUUACGUGCACGCGGAGAUUCAGGGCGCAUCCAGCGUGAUCAUUAAAAAUACGACCGGUGGAGAGAUUCCGCCGAAAACGCUGCUCGAGGCAGGCACGAUGGCAAUCUCGUACAGCGUAGCGUGGGAUGCGAAGGUCGUUACCAGCGCGUACUGGGUGCACAGUGAACAGGUAAGCAAAACGGCACCGACCGGCGAGUAUCUGACGACGGGAAGUUUCAUGAUUCGUGGGCGCAAAAACUUCCUGCCACCAUGCCAUUUGGUGCUCGGUUUAUCGUUUCUGUUCAAGCUAGAGGACAGUUCGGUCGAGCGGCAUCGUGGCGAACGAAAAGUAAGAACGUUCGACGACGAAUCGGUCACCAGUCGAGAAGAAGAGCGAUCAGAAAUGUCGGAAUCAGCGGAGCACGAAAUCAAACUUGAUGAUGAGUCCGAUCAGGAAGAGCAACUUUCCGUCGAACAAGGGCUGAAAGACGAGGGUGCUUUAUUGUCGGAACAAACAAAAGAACUAUCGAUUAAGGACCCGUCAACAUCUAAAUCUAACAUUGAUUCAGACGAUGAGCAGCAAGGUACCCUGCCCCAGUUUCCGGACACGCACGUUAAAGUCGAGCACGACACGGGCAAAGUGUCCGUACGAACCGACCCAAUUCUGCAGCGUUUGACAUCGGAAACCGAACGUAGCUCAGAGAUCUUUCUGGGCGAUGAUAAACCUUACAUCAUCCGUCCGGCGGCCCCACGUCUGAAACAGAUCUCAAAGAGCAAGCAAAAGGCGAAGGAAAAGGAACAGAAAGCGAAAGAAAAGCUCAGUGCGCCGGUCAAGGAUGAUGCACUGCAGAAGCAGGGUCAGUUGAAGCGCGGCCAGCGCGCAAAGAUGCGCAAAAUCAAAGAGAAGUACAAGGAUCAGGAUGAAGACGAUCGGAAGAUGAUUAUGGACAUCCUAAAAUCAGCCGGUAAUCAAAAGGCGGCUGAUGUCGCGCAAGAAGAAGAUGAAGAACACCGAGAGAACCAUGCUGCUGACGGCAAAGGUGUAGAUCGUAAACGAACGCCUCGUCUGAAGCCUGGAGAGUUUGAAGAACUCGGUGACGAUGCUCCGGCAGUCGCGGACUUGGACAUGUUGGAUACUCUCACCGGCCAGCCAGUGGAGGAGGACGAGCUUCUGUUUGCCGUUCCUGUGGUGGCACCGUAUCAAUCACUGCACAACUACAAGUACAAGGUGAAGCUAACGCCUGGCACCGGAAAGCGAGGUAAGGCCAGCAAAAUGGCACUGCAAAUCUUCCUGAAGGACAAACAAUGCACGCCACGCGAAAAGGACCUUCUGAAGGCGGUUAAGGAUGAGGUACUGGCGAGGAACAUACCCGGAAAGGUUAAACUGUCCGCACCGCAGAUGCAGAAAGUGCGUAAAUGAGCGGUCUCUGUGUUGGAUGAUGCGCGUAAAUGGAGAAGUUCUGUCCGUCUAAUGUUACGUUUUUCGCUCAA